GGGGAGGCGCGCUAGGGGGGACGCGGCCCGGCAUGAGCUGAUUGCGGGUGGAUACGCCGCCGUCGGGCUCCUAGAAGCCGUGAGGAGCCUCUUUUCUCCGAGUCGCCGCCCUGCCCUUGGAUUUGAGAUCAUGUCCAUUCACAUCGUGGCGCUGGGGAACGAGGGGGACGCGUUUCACCAGGACAAUCGGCCGUCGGGGCUCAUCCGCACUUACCUGGGGAGAAGCCCGCUGGUCUCAGGGGACGAGAGCAGCUUGUUGCUGAACGCGACCAGUACGGUCGCGCGUCCCGUGUUCACCGAGUAUCAGGCCAGCGCGUUUGGGAAUGUCAAGCUAGUGGUCCACGACUGUCCCGUCUGGGACAUUUUUGACAGUGAUUGGUACACCUCUCGAAAUCUAAUUGGAGGUGCUGACAUCAUUGUGAUCAAGUACAAUGUAAAUGACAAGUUUUCAUUUCACGAAGUGAAGGAUAAUUAUAUUCCAGUGAUAAAAAGAGCAUUAAAUUCAGUUCCAGUUAUCAUUGCUGCUGUUGGUACAAGACAAAAUGAAGAGUUACCUUGCACAUGCCCACUGUGUACCUCAGACAGAGGGAGCUGUGUCAGUACGACGGAAGGGAUCCAACUUGCUAAAGAACUAGGAGCCACCUAUCUGGAACUGCACAGCCUUGAUGACUUCUACAUAGGAAAAUAUUUUGGAGGAGUGUUGGAGUAUUUUAUGAUUCAAGCCUUAAAUCAGAAGACAAGUGAAAAAAUGAAGAAAAGGAAAAUGAGCAACUCGUUUCACGGAAUUAGACCACCUCAGCUUGAACAACCAGAAAAAAUGCCUGUCUUGAAGGCUGAAGCAUCACAUUAUAACGCUGACCUGAAUAACUUGCUGUUCUGCUGCCAGUGUGUGGAUGUGGUAUUUUACAACCCAGAUUUAAAGGAAGUGGCUGAGGCCCACAAGAUCGUUCUCUGUGCCGUCAGCCAUGUUUUCAUGCUGCUUUUCAAUGUGAAGAGUCCUGCUGACAUUCAGGAUUCCAGUAUCAUCCGAACUACCCAGGAUCUCUUUGCUAUAAACAGAGAUCCUGCGUUUCCAGGUGCUAGCCAGGAGUCUCCAGGCAACCCACCCUUACGAGUCAUUGUUAAAGAUGCCCUCUUCUGUUCUUGUUUAUCGGACAUUCUGCGCUUCAUUUAUUCAGGCGCCUUCCAGUGGGAAGAAUUGGAAGAAGAUAUCAGGAAGAAGUUGAAAGAUUCUGGGGAUGUUUCAAAUGUAAUUGAGAAAGUUAAAUGCAUUUUAAAAACACCAGGAAAGUUUAAUUGCCUGAGGAACUGCAAAACCUAUCAAGCCAGAAAACCUCUGUGGUUUUAUAACACUUCCCUCAAGUUUUUCCUUAAUAAACCAAUGCUUGCUGAUGUUGUCUUCGAAAUACAAGGUACGACGGUACCAGCCCACAGGGCCGUCCUGGUGGCCCGGUGUGAAGUGAUGGCAGCCAUGUUUAACGGGAAUUACAUGGAAGCAAAGAGUGUUCUGAUUCCAGUUUAUGGUGUUUCCAAAGAGACUUUCUUGUCAUUCUUAGAAUACCUAUACACAGACUCCUGUUGCCCAGCUGGCAUUUUCCAGGCGAUGUGUCUCCUGAUCUGUGCAGAAAUGUACCAAGUGUCCAGGCUGCAGCACAUCUGUGAGCUGUUCAUCAUUACACAGCUGCAAAGUAUGCCAAGCCGGGAACUGGCAUCUAUGAACCUCGAUAUAGUCGACCUGCUCAAAAAAGCCAAGUUUCACCACUCUGAUUGCCUCUCAACCUGGCUGCUUCAUUUCAUUGCCACUAACUACCUCAUCUUCAGUCAGAAGCCUGAAUUUCAGGAUCUUUCAGGACCUGCUGUGAUGUGUCCUUUUGGGCAGAGAAAAAGAAAGCCCCUGUGGAUAAGGGAGAAUUUGAUAAUCUGUAUCAGCAGUCAUAAACUGGCAGUCUGGGCUUCCCUGGUGGCGCAGUGGUUGAGAAUCUGCCUGCCAAUGCAGGGCACACGGGUUCGAGCCCUGGUCUGGGAAGAUCCCACAUGCCGCGGAGCAACUGGGCCCGUGAGCCACAAUUACUGAGCCUGCGCGUCUGGAGCCCGUGCUCCGCAACAAGAGAGGCCGCCAUAGUGAGAGGCCCGCGCACCGCGAUGAAGAGUGGCCCCCACUCGCCGCAACUAGAGAAAUCCCUCGCACAGAAACGGAGACCCAACACAGCCAAAAAUAAAUAAAUAAAUUAAUUAAUUAAUUAAUUAAAAAACAAAAAAAACAAAAAAAAACUGGCAGUCUAUGGGUUGAAUGUAACUUGCUAAGGGAUUUUAUUUGGACCACAUGGUAUUAUAAUUUUUUUAGUGUCAAUAUUAAAAACGGUAACAUGUCACAUUUGGAAAAUCCAAAUUUCUGGCUUCUUUUGACAAAGUUGGAAGAUCUGGCCUCUCUGGGCCCACCUUCCCACAUGGCAACAGCCUGGAACUGAGCAGUGGCUACUCAGUCAAAGGCGCGUGUCCUCUCCAUGGUGCCAUCGUCUCCUCUCCUCCCUGUUGCCUGACUCUUGUCCUACCUCACGUGGUCACUUGAAAUUGAAAAGGGUUCUUGUCACAGUCUCUUUACAGCUUCCUUGAAGAAUUGCUCGUUUUCAACUUCAAAAAUCAUCAAAUUAUUAUUGGAAUUCUAUGAAAUGUUUUCCCUUAACUGGGAAUUUUUCUUCUUUAGAGGCGUUUAGAAAUUUAAAAGCGGGACUGGAAAAGAUCUCAGGUUAAUGUGGCACCGAUACAUCAGAACUCAGUGAAAUAGUUCAUUAAAUCCUAGGCGUAUUUUAUACACUGGACUCUUAUACGAAAACAAACAGCAAUGCACAGGAAUAUGUUACCCUUGGCAUUUAUGGAUUCGUUAUUCUCACAGUUUAAUUUAUCUCAAUAUUAUGUCAUAUAUUAUAUGUUAUGGAGUUUUUUGUCUCGUUUUGAUUUUUGCUGGCUACCAGAGCUCAUCUCUGACAAGUUUUCUCUGUUUUUUUUGCUUUUGUUUUUUCAAUCUUAACUGAGGGAGCAGCCUUAUGUCACCUUUGCUCCCUAAUGAAACCUACAACUGAUUUCCCUGGGCAGCUAGGUUGUUUCUUCUUAUCCAGGCCCUGCAGCCUGGAUCAAGACCUUGUUAAUACAAAUUAUAAUAGAUGGGGUCAAACAGUAGAUGGAGAAGUGGAAACUGACUUAGCAGAAGCAAACCUAAGUGCCCACAGAAGGGAAUACUGAUGAGAAACAAACUGAUUCACCCAGCAGAAUACUGUAAAGCCUUAGAAAUUUGAGGUACCUGGUAUUUCAGAAAGCAGGAUGAGGCUUGGGGCUGAAAGCCAUAGGAUUAGUUGAAUGCUUUUGCUACACUCCAUCCCACCCAGGCAGGCAAGUGCUUCUCCCUCAUCAUCACAGGAGUUUGGAGGUUUAUUCCUGGAUAAGUUAAGCCAAAAAAGUUAUAGAAUCACGAACUCAGAGUAUAGCUGAGAUUGGGGCAAGGAGCUGGACUGAAAACAUAGAGAUCAUAUGAAAGUGUCACAUUAUGUAGUAACCCUCCAGCCUUCUUCCCAUAUCCAGGUUCUGGAAUUCUGGCAGCUGGGUAUUUGACUCCCACCUUGACUACCACUUUGACACUCAUACUCUGGGCAUGAAAUUGAAGCAUCCUUCCCUGACCUCACAUAAAAAGCUGUAGGUGCAGUCAUUUGAGAAUUCUCUCAGUUAACCCAAUGGAUAUCUGUUCAGUUGUGCUACAGUGUAUUCCACCAGUCAGCAAGUCCUGCCCAUGCCCAAAAGAUUUCCAAACAGCUUUCUAGCAUCUCACUCUUAAAUAUAAAGAGGCCAACUGAGGGUCAACAGAUAUUUGAGGCAGUGUCCAAUGUGAAAGAUGAAUACCAAAAACAAAACAAAAUGAAUAAAAACAGAAGAGAAGGAACUUACAAGAACAAAGCGUAGAAGAAAACCUUAAAAAAAACCCUAUAAUUAAUAUCCUCAAAGAAUAAGAGAUAUACAUUCAUAAAACAGGGAUAGAAUGUUAUAAAAAAGAAACAAUAUUCAUAGAGACAGAGUAUAUAGAAUGGUGGUUGCUGGGACUUGGGGGAAGGGGAAACGGAGUUGUUUGAUGGGUAUAGAGUUUUAGUUUUGCAGGAUGAAAAGAGUUCUGGAGAUUGGUUGACAACAAUGUGAAUGUACUUAACACUAAUGAACUAUACACUUAAAAAUAGUUAAGAUGGAAAAACAAAAAAAAAAUAGUUAAGAUGGUAAAUUUUAUAUUAUGUGUAUUUUACCAUAAUUUUAAAAAAACAAUAAAAGAACAAGAAGUUGCUCUUGAAAAUUAGGAUAGCAAAAAUGAAACCAUAACAAAAAAACCAAACAACUAAAUAAAUAAAAGAGUAGAAAGAUAAAGGUAAGGAAAUCUAGAAAGUAGGACAAAAAGGAUGAAGAGACAGAGAAAGGUUUUUUAAAAAAGUUGGAGGCUCAAUGCAGGAGGUGAAGUAUCUCAGUAAUAAAAGUUAAUACAAGAAGAAAAAAGAAAAACAAUGCUGAGGAGGAAAUUGUCAAAGAAAUAAUACAAGAAGUUAUCCCAGUACUGAGGAACUGAAUCAACAGAUUAAAAGGCUCUGCUAAGUGCUCAGCUUAAUGAAUAACAAGGUCUAUCACUGGGCCGUGCAGGAACACUGACUAUAAAUAGAAAAAUCUAAACGUUUACAGAAUAAAAAACCCCACAGAUCACGUAUCAGCGACCAUGAAUCUGAAUGGUAGUAGAGUUCUUAACAGCCUUGGAAACUAGAAAGCAGUGGAGUACUGUCUUCAACAUACUGAGGGGAAAUUUUCAACCUAGAAUUCCAUACCAAACCAAAUGAUCUAUUGGGUGUAAGGACAGAUUAAAGACGUUUCAUCACAAGCAAGGUCUCAAAAAUACUUCUUAUGCAUACUCCGCUUCAGGAAGCUAAUAAAAGUUGUGCUUCACCAAAACUAGAGAAAACAGAGCGAAGAAACUGGAGUCCAGGAGUGGAGGGAUCCAAUGCAAAAGCAUGAAGCAGGCAUAGAAGGCAAGAGGGCUCUGAAGAGAGGGGUCUCCAGGGCAACACCACCACCACCCCCAUAGGAAUGGCUAGAUCCUCUGAUAACUGUGGCCCUGUGGAAAACAGAAUUGAGAGGACUUCAAAGAGUUUGGAAGGUUGAGUUAGCUACAAAGAAAACUAAUUAAAGGAAGAAAACUAAAACAGUAUAUAAUUGUGAAUCACAGAAUAACAUAAAUACUGAUGACUGAUUGAGGGGAGGGGAGGAAGUAUACAGCAGAGCUUGGAUCUCACCUAUUACAUAGGAAACCAAUAGUUAAUAUCGAAACUUGAUCCCAAAUAAAAUAUAUUCAAUUAAUAU